AUGACGCAGCAGCAGGCUGACACGUACAGAGAGGACGUGAGGAAGGAAUACAACCUCCUGGUUCAUCAAGCUUCCGCCGCAAAUAUGAACAUGCAAAGAGGUGAACCAAAUCAAAGAUUCCUAAGUGAUUAUUCCACUUUGAAUGACAUCUACCGGAUGUUCGGAUACAGUGACGUCAUACCCCACUUAGGAAUUGAUGAGUUACAGAGCAGAGAUAUCAUGAGAGUCGCCUUGUCACGUGCUUCCUCUUUGAUCGAAGUCAUUAGAACGCUUAUGGACGAAUGGCUGGCAAAAGCCACCAUGACAGGUGAUCCUGAGGCGGCCGCCCUUUUGAGUGACAUUCUCCGCCAUGUUUCUCAGGACAGCAACCCGGAUGACCUGUCUCAAAUGAGAGAAAUACUCUAUGAUAUUUUUGCCAAUGAGGUUUUGAACAGUCUUGAAAAGCGCCCUCUGGGGGAUUAUGAGGACACUCAGCUGGAUGACACGUCAUUUCCGGUAUCCUCAGACAGAGUUGACGAGGUCAACAAAGGUCAGGUCCAGAAAACAGAAGAAAAAGAAACAAUAAAGGAGAAAGUGAAGUCAAAAGAUGGGAAAGACAAAGAAAACCAAACAACAGAAGAAAAGGGAUCAAAAGAAAAGCAGAUUAAAAUGUAAAAGACGUUAAAUGUCUGAGGAAAUUACAUUCCAGUGUGUAAAACGUAUUUAUUUGUCAAAAUAUAUUUUAUUUAUGCCAUGCUUAAUUGUGUAAGAAAAGAAAAAACUGAAGUUUUAACUUUCACUGUAUAUAGCCACAAAUAGAAUAUUGCAUUAUGUGAAUUGAUAAACAUCCAAUUAUACGUUAAGUUGUAUAUUUAUUGUAUCUUGUGAAUGGAGCUGUGGUUUUUGAAUCUUAUUCAUUUUUGAGGGAUAUACUCUGAUUUACAAAAAAAAGCAACUUUUUGAUCAUGAACAUGAUUAUUUUUCGUCACAGAAGCAUUUUUUGCGAACAGAAAGGAGGAUGAACUAAAAUUUUGAAUAAGCAUUGAAGCAGGAUAAUAAUUGUUGGAAAAUGACAAAUUUGAUUUGUUAUAAAUGUAAGUCAUUUUAUACUUUAUUUUUAUUCAAUACCUAAAAGACACGGAAAUAAAAUUCCAGUUUGCUGCGAGCCUUCGGUUCAUUAUAAAUGUUUUUAACUAAACAUAAAAUUUGUAAGAAUUUUAAGAUCGAAAAUUUUUCGUAAUGUAUCAAUUUUUGAGUUGUCUUUCCUUCCAAUUCAGCAGUUUGAAUUUUUUUCCCUCUUGUGAUAUAAAAAUUGUUGAAUUGCUUCAAUUAGUAUUAUAUUAUCGAUUGAUAUGUCUCAGCUAUUGCCAUAUCAGUUACAAACUUAUCUCCAUAAUUGGCUUUUCCCAAUUUUGAGCUUUUCAUUCUUAGUGGAUUUUCAAGCCUCCUAAAUGAAUAUAAAACUCAGAUAUUUUUUAAUGCCUGACUUCAAAAUAAAAGAUUUCGAUAAAAUAGAUAUGGAUGUGCAAUUUCUCCAAAAUGAUAAAUUUACCUAUCGUGUUAAGCUAUGAAAAAUCCACGGUAUUAUGUUAUUUGUUACCCAGGUACCAUGAAAUUUUGAAGAUAUUGGUCUACAUUGUCAAAUAUAUAUUAUGUUGUUGACUUAUAGCUUCUUGUUGAUUAUUUGACUUGUAUGCGAUAAAAAUGUGUUAUGCCAAAGUAAAACAAUGAAAGAAUAACUUUCAAUUGGGGUAUUUUCUGGUCUUUUUUACCGAUUCAUGUAAAUAUUGAUCUUUGUAUUUUUAAAACUACAGAUAAUUAUCUUAAUUGAAUUUCGUUACAUAUAUUCUAGAAAAUAUGUUAUCUAAACAGGGUUCACUAAGGUAUUUGUUGACAUAUAUAAAUUGAACGAAAAUUGAUUUCUGUAUUUUUAUACGAAAGACAAAAAAAAAAACUAUGUUCUAUCAUUAUUGUUAUUACAAAAAAAUAAUUAAAUUUUGUGCCUUUGUUGUUAA